CCCGUGCAGACACUCCCGUGAGAAGAAUCAAUCAAUCGAUCAUAGCGAUAAAAGAUUAAAGAUCGAAAUAUUGGCGUAAAGUUUACCACAAUUCAGCAUCGCAGAAGAACAUUCCGAUUUUUUUUAAAAAAGAUUAAAAGAUAAAAAUAAAAGUUAAGCCACAUUUAGUGGAGUUAUUUCGUGUUGGUUCGUGGUAUAUAAUUGCAAGAAUAUCGACGACGACGAAUGAGAUUGUGAAGACGCGCGUUAUGGCGAAUCACCAUCCCGCGUACGACUUCGAAGACAGAGGUCAGAGAAUCCGCCAUCGUGUCAGCACUACGUCAAGAACCCCGGAUUCCACUGUAGCUUGUACAAGUACGCAAUAUUAUGUGGGGCCUAAUAGCGAUAUUACUGAAGAAGAUUUGGCAGAAUUACCUUCAUGCGUUUAUGCAGGCAGAUCUACGCAACAUAUCACACAUACGUCGCCACAUACACAUUCUCCCUUGCACUAUCAUAUGCCAGUUUCAACACCAGAUCAUAAUGACUCGGAGAUGAGCGGCGUAGAAGAGGGUUAUUACCCAAAUGGUAGCCCCUACAGAAUUCAACGACACGCCGCUAAUAUACGUGAAAGAAAACGCAUGCUCAGAAGUCUUGCCGUCCUCGUCUUGCACCUACUUUGCGCAAGACUCUGCAGCAUCAACUCGGCUUUCGACGAGCUUCGAGUCCACGUGCCAACAUUUCCUUACGAGAAAAGGCUGUCGAAGAUCGAUACUUUACGUCUGGCUAUAGCUUAUAUUGCGCUUUUGCGCGAGGUUCUAGCUGCCAGGCUCGACCCAUUAACGUACGUUGAGAGGUGCCUUAGGGGUGAGAUAAAUGGCGAACGCGCCGAAUGGAAUACAAGUGAUCUAACAGCACGUUUGUCUUGGAUAAAUUGGGAAAAUUUGGGUGUGAACCCAAACCGACGAUCAGUGCUUACUACACUUGCACUGACAACCGACAAUAUGAAUUAAGCAUCCAUAUGGCGAACAUUUUUGCAUGGCAAACAUUGUCAUGUGGCAAUUGCUUUUUUCUUUGUAAAUAUCUUCAUGUUGUGAUAGAAAAAAAAAGAAAGAAAAAGAGAAUAAGAGAAAAGAACAGUAAAAAGAAAGCAUUAAGGAAAUUUGAACGUGUAAGGCCAUACUUUGAAAACUCGCUUUAUAAAAUAUAAUUAUUGUUUUUGUCAAUAUGUUUAUAUUAAGUUUACUAAUAUUUUAGAUAUCGCACACCACAAGAAAAGUGACACAAAUAAAAAAAUAACAAAUUAUUUAGGAGAAAGAAAGGAAGAAACUGCGUUGAUAACGAAUAAUAAUGUUAUUAAUAAUAUUAUGAAUUAGUUUUUAUCUCAAACUCUGUCGCAAAUUAUAAAUCGUCUAAAGCGAGCUUGAUUUUACGGACAUAAUUUCACAUGUCUAUGCUUGGUUAAAUAAUAAUUUUAAAAUUAAUUACAAUAUUUACGGCAGCAUUAAAUACGGACUCACGCGGAAAGUAUUCGAAUUCAACUUCUAUCACCUUUCCUGAUUGAAGACCUAUAUAUAGAUAUAUUUAGAAGACAAUCCAUACAUAAAAACAAACAAAAUUCGAAAAAUUUCGAUUUGUAUCACUUGUCUUAUGGGUAUGCGAUAUAUUUACAAAUUUUAUAA